CUCUCUCUCUCUGAAGUCAUCUCUUUUGCAGAACAGGAACUUAAUUACCGCGCAAGAGAGUAAAGCUGGCACACAUGGAUCAUUAUCAUCAUCAUCAUCAUGAUCAGUAUCAUCCGCAGGUGGCUCUUAACAAUAAUAAUAUUAGUAAUAAUAAUAAUCCGUACCACAGUAAUAUCACAGCAGCAGCAAGAACAGCAGCAUCUUCAGCAAGAACGGCAGCAGCAACAAUGUUGGAUCAGAAGAAGAUGACAAGACCACAAGAGCCACUAAACUGUCCAAGAUGCAACUCGACAAACACCAAGUUCUGUUACUACAACAACUACAGCCUGUCACAGCCAAGGUACUUGUGCAAGACUUGCCGUAGAUACUGGACCGAAGGCGGUUCUCUCCGCAAUGUUCCUGUCGGCGGAGGUUCUAGAAAGUCCAAGAAGCUUCCACAAACCAUCAUGACAUCAUCCCCUUCAUCUUCUUGUUCUCCUUCAACGGCCAAGAUCCUCCCUGAUCUCAACCCUCCAUUUGUAUUCCCUUCAUCGUCAUCAUCAGCCCACCUGCAAAACCCUAGCAAGAAUAUUGACCACCAUGACCUCAACCUCUCCUUCUCAGGCGCCAUGCAAAGCACGCGUGGCCAGGGUCAUUUCGGCCAUUUCACCGGCCCUCUUGGCACGUCUCCCUCGGGAGGGCAGAUCUGCCUCUUCGGCCCGGGGGGGCUCGGACCGAGCACGGGGAUGAUCCAGUUCCAUCAAGAUUAUGAUAACAAAGGGAGUCUUGGGUUUUCAUUGGAUGGGCAGGAGGAGAUUGGUAACAGUGUUGUUAAUGGAGGGGGUAGGGUCAUGUUCCCUUACGAAGACAUCAAACAGCUUAUCCCGACCGCGACCACGACAACAAGUCACGAUGAUCGCGUUCAAGAUCUUUAUGGCCAUGAUCUCCAGAAGCAUGAAGCUACUAACAAGAGACAAGGCGGAUCAAGCAAUGAGCUCUGGAGUGGGAUUAUCUUGGGUGGUGGACCAACGUGGUGAUGAUGACGAGUAAUCAAGAAGACAAGAAAAAUCAAAAACUUUCAAAGGAGAUACAGUUACCAACUAUACAGAAUCAUAAGAUUUUCGAAUCUCAGACCCGGAAGAGACGCGUUGGGAGCAUGAUUGCUUCCCACUUUUUCCUGUUCGCUUUCUUGUCUUUGUCCACUUGUAGUCUCCUUUUGCCUCGUUGUUUAGUACCAUUUAACAUACUUGUGUUAUGUACAGUGGCAUAUAUAUUAUGUAUAUGUAGGCUUCCGUUUUUUUUC